AUGAAGAAGGCAACGGAACGAGGGCUGGGGGGGACGGAGGCGCUGGGGUCGAGCCCACCGAGCUGCCGGCGCAAGUGCGGGGCCUGCCUGCCUUGCGCGCCCGUCCAGGUGCCGGCCGCAGCGGCGCGCGCGCAGUUGCAGUACGCCAACUACGAGCCCGAGGGUUGGAAGUGCCAGUGCGGCUCCUCCUUCUACAACCCCUGA